AUGGAAAAGCUCCUCCCAUGGAAUGAAACGUCGGUCACCGAAUUCAUACUGCUGGGAUUUUCAGAGAGCCAUGAAGUGCAGCUCCUACUCUUUGUGUUGUUUUUACUUUUCUACCUCAUAGCCCUGGCAGGAAACACCCUCCUGCUCAUCACACUGGCUGCUGAGUGGAGCCUUCAUACGCCCAUGUACUUUUUCCUGGGUAACCUCUCCUUCCUGGAGAUCUGCUACACAACCAACAUAUUCCCCUGUAUGUUAGCCAGCUUCCUUGCUGAGGCAAAAUCAAUCUCUUUCAGUGGCUGUAUGGCCCAGUUUUAUCUGUUCGGUUCCUUGGGUGGCACCGAGUGUCUCCUCUUGUCCAUGAUGUCAUACGACCGGUAUCUAGCCAUAUGCAAUCCGCUCCGCUAUGCAGCUGUUAUGAGCAGGGGCGUGUGCCUUUGCCUGGCAGCUGCCUCCUGGAUCAGUGGCUUUGUGAUUUCCUUGGUGAGCAUUCUGUUCAUGUCGAGCUUAACAUUCUGCGGCCCCAACGAAAUAGAUCAUUUUUUCUGUGAUUUCACCCCGCUCCUGAAGCUGGCCUGCUCAGAUACUUACCUCUUCGAAAAGGUCUCCUUCUUCUUGUCUUCCACUCUGACGCUGGUCCCCUUUCUGUUAACUGUGGUGUCUUAUAUUUAUAUCCUAUCUGCCAUCCUCAACCACCCUUCCACCGCUGGGACACAAAAGGCCAUUUCCACUUGCUCAUCUCACCUUAUAGUAGUUACCAUGUUCUACGGGACUCUGAUUGCUAUGUACGUUGUACCAGCCGCUGACCACUCCCUAGAUCUGAAUAAAGUCUUCUCCAUCUUCUAUACCAUGAUGACACCCAUGGUGAAUCCCAUCAUAUAUAGUCUGAGGAACAGGGAAGUGCGCGAAGCCCUGAAGAGGCUGGUAGGUAGAAAAUUUGCUUCUUGUUGGAAAGAAAAGAGUGGGAAGAUGUGA